GUUAUUCGGUCAAAAUUAGCGCGCAUAAACCAAUCAACGCAAUUCGAUACUAUACGCACGAUUGAUUAUUCUAUGAAAGAGAUUUAAAAAAGGAAAACAGUUGUAUUAUAAAUCUGAUAAUCCCUUGAAAACACAGAUUAAAACAUUAACAAUAUAAUAUAGCUUAAUGAAAAGACAGUUGAAGUUGAGUGGGAUUGCAAAAUAGAUACAGUCAUUUAUGAUAGUUGUGUAUUAUAAAGAACUACCCUUGUUUAAGUUUCGUUUUUUAUACUGUUGGAAAUAUGGCCAGGGGAAGGAAAAACGCCCCUGACUCGACGAAAGUCGGUGUAUGGUUCUCUCACCGAGGAGCCCAGUCCGCCGGGGCAGGUGUACGCGCGGAGACCACGAGCACAGGCGCUAUGUUGGCCGGCCCGUACCGCUCAACGUCUGCGCAGCAGCCACUUCCGCCACCACCGCCGUUCGCCGAGAAAUCCACGAGAAACUACCGGAUGUCCAACAAGUUCAGCGAGCAUGACAACAGGAACGCCUUCCAGAAUCACGGCAUCUACUUCGGGGACGGGCAGACCACCAGGCAGCUGGGACGUACCCUCAUCGACCCCCAGGCUAGGUUACACACUACCGAUACCAACUUCCUGAAACACUACGGACGCGAGGUCAUCGACUACGACUACCACAGCACCUACCAGAACACGUACAAGGGCCGGGACACGACCGAACCACCGCGCUACAGACGGUUCCACAAGUCCCUACCGCCAGCAGAGCCAGGGACUGUCCCCCUGACAACCACGACAACCGCCUGGGUACCAACCAAUGCUCCCCAGUACAAGACUGGUACCCAGGUGCUGGCAAUAAGCCAGGAACCCUUUCUGAAGCACAACCCGUGGAAAUAUUCGUACCACUCCAAGAGGAACGUUUACCCGCCGUAUGACCGUAGAUCUGAGCCUGUAGUAGACAAUAUGUUCAAUCGUUACGGAGCGGCCUUCAACCAGAGUUCUAAUUUCAACUCAACAGGAUUCAGUGGAUUUGAGUCACUAGAAACAACAGGGUGUAGUUAGUUUACAUUUAGAUUCAUUGAUAGACUUAAUAUUAACAAAAUAUUGUAUAUACUAUUUUUUAUGUAUGUGUUGAAUAAUUGUUAAUGAAAAACGUCAUAAUGUUUUUAAAGGUUGUUACUGAUCUAUGAAAUAUAAUCCAUAUGAAAAAUAACAGAAGGAAAAUCACUAAAACUA